GUUCACAGAAAAAAUUCCGGACAACGUUAACAAUUCUUCGUCUCGCAUUCGAGAACGAGUCACAUAUUGAAUAUUCCGCUCAUCCAAAAGUGCUGAUUGGUGCUAUGGAAAAAAAUGCCCCUAUUGUCAUGGGCUCAAAUCGAAACAGGUAUGUGUAGCCCAUCCGUGAAGUAGCGUAGAAUACCCCAUAGUGACAAUCUUUUGAUUGUGAUCUCCUGUCCUACAACAUUUUCAAUCUCUGGGGUAAGCUCCUGUCAACAGAGGUCUUAUCGGCGUAUUGGUUACAUUUUCAUUAGUAAAAUGCACAUCGACUGACAACUUUUUGAAGCAAUUGCCCUUGUCAAACCAUUUCAAAUUUCAAAUCGACACCAAUCCAGUCAUGUUCGGGGUCCUUCGUAAAAUGAACGCAUCCAAACUGUCCGCGGGCAUCCUUCUCGUGAUGUAUUACCACGCCAUAUUCAUGGGAAUCUUCAGCUUUAAACUGCAGAGACAUUGGAUAAGCGAAAAUGGCCAGAUGUUGAUGGAACUAAGAGCUCUGCCUCGUCCUGGGUUGAUGCGGUUCUAUGCCAUCUAUCGGAUUUUGGCUAUUGCAAUUUUAGCUUAUUUCUACUUACCAUGGAUCCUUCGAUUAGAGAUUUUUUUUGAAAGAUUGGUUCACUUUAUACGCAUAAUAACGGCUACUCUAGUCUGCGUUUGUAUUCUUCGCCUGCAGCUUUUACACAAAGCAGACUCGAAACAAUUGAUGAACACUUUUUUUCGCCUCUUCCGUCGAGUUCGAGCUCUACCCAGCCGAAAGACAUUUGGCUAUGGAGGAAGGCGAGAGCUGGUGCUGUUAAGCCUUGCUUUGAUCUGUCGAAUCCAUGAACUAGUGUACAUUUUAGAGUCAGAUAGACAACAUUUCAGUAUGGAAAGAUUCCUGAGCUGGUGGUGCGACACUUUCAUCGUCUUCGGCAUCAACAUGAUGAUGCAAAUGAGCUUUGUGUGCUACCUCAGCAUAGGUAUUCUCUAUUCAGAGCUGAACGAUUUUGUCCGUUUCCAGCUACGAUCCGAACUACAGGCCCUGAAACGGCCGCACGGACUUCAGCCACGACGCCAGCACUUGCGGACUGUCCGCCGGAAACUGAGUGAGUGCUUGGCCCUAUAUAGGGAGAUCUAUGCCCUGGCCACUACGUUUCAGAAGCUAACCGAUUUUCCGUUCUUCCUGAGCAUCGUUCAUAAUUAUACAUUACUUGGUGUGGUCAUUUACCGUUUGACUAUCGUUGGAUGGUUCGAUAAGCAUAAAAUUCAGCUAAGUAUUCUGACGACUAAAGUGAUUCUUGACUUUUUUCUCGUAACUAUGGCCGUUGAAGGAGCAAUGACUCAGUUUAGGGUCAUUCGGCGACUCAGUCUGGAGAACUGCUAUAUCAGCGACCAUAAAGAUUGGCACACGACAUUUGAUAUGUUCGUCACCCAUUUGAGUCUAUAUGAAUUUCGUGUCCGUGUUCUGGGUCUUUUCGAUGUCUCCAACGAGCUGGUCUUGAUAGUCCUUUCCGCUCUAGUCACCUUUGUGAUAUAUGUCGUUCAAUAUAGAAUGCAGUCGACGGGGGAAGCGGCAUAGUGAUAGUUCUGUAAUCAGUAGAUGGAUUCCAGUCCAAUUGUUUGCUUAUACUGUUUAUCAAAAUAUUAUUCCAACUAAAUCGUUAUUAGCUAAGUAUACCCUAAAUAAAGCACAUAAUCUGAAGCCCAA